AGUCAAUCCCUAGUCCCUCCAAAACCGCCUCUCCCCGUUUCCAGCUGCGCAAACCAAAUCCCACACCUGACCUACUACAACCUUAUAAUCCCUCCCUUCACUUCUCCCCCGACCCCUCGAUCCCCACCGCCGCCGCCAACAACCCUAGCCGCGCGCCGCCAUGGCCGACUCCGGCGACUCCUCCCCGCUCUCCGCCGCCGCCACCGACGACGCGCACCACGACAACAGCGGCUCGGAGAACGGGGCGGCGGCGGCGCAGGUGGUUGUCCCGCCGCCGUCGCUGCCGGUCCCGCCGCCGCCGCCGAAGGUGCGGCUGAUGGUCAGCUACGGGGGCCGCAUCCAGCCCAGGCCCCACGACAACCAGCUCUCCUACGUCAACGGCGACACCAAGAUCCUCUCCAUCGAGAGGCCGCUCCGCUUCCCGGACUUCGCGGCCCGCCUCUCGGCCCUGGCCGGCUCGCGCGGGGAAAUCUGCGUCAAGUACCAGCUCCCCGGGGAGGACCUCGACGCGCUCGUCACCGUCACCAACGACGAGGAUCUGGAGCACCUCGUCCUCGAGUACGACCGCCUCCACCUCUUCCGCGCCUCGCCGGGAUCUGGCGGCGGCUCGUCCCGCGGCGGUUCCACGCCCAGGCUCAGGGUAUUCCUCUUCCCCGUCCAGUAUCCGCCCCCGCCGCAGCCUGCCGGCCUCCUCGAGCCCAGGCAGGACCAGACUGCUGAAUGGUUCGCCGUGGAAGACUUCAAUUCCGUCAAACCCCCGCAGCCGGAGCAGCAGCAGCCGAAGCAGGAGUCGGUUCCCCUCCAGUCGCCUCCUCCAGCGGUGCAGAUGGCGGCGGUGCCCCACUCCAUGAUGGUGGCGCCGCAGAAGGGCCUCGACUACCUGUCCGGCUUCGACUACGGCUACGGCUUCGUGCCGCCGCCCGCGGUCAAGGUGAAGGACCCGGCCGGCGAUCCGCCGACGAUGAGAGAGAACGUCCCCGUCGAGAUCCCGCCCAAAAACGAAGAACGCCACCCCAACCCUGCAGGCGACAACGCCAUGGUCUCUCCCGCCGACUUCCCUCGCCAGAUCCAGGACAACCUCGAGAAGGUUCAGCUCACAGACAACGCCUCCCAGCAGCCGCCACCAUCUCCUGCUCAGGCGGCCCCGGCCGCUCCUGCUGCUCCGGUCGCCCCGGUCCCUGUCGCCUUGCCGAGGAACGGUAGCGACGACUCCCUGACUCGCAACUACCCUCCUGGCACCGUCGCCCAGACAACCCCACAGCCACAGGAGUACUAUCAUCAAAAGUUCCCGGAGAAGCCCCCUGUCCUUCCUCCGUCAUCCGCUCCCCCAGCGACGGGCUUCCUGCCGGUGCCGGGCAGGUUUCCAUCUGUUGCCCCUGGCUCUGCCGCUGAACAUGGCCCUUUCUUCUUCAUCCCGGCGCCGCCCCAUGGUUACUAUGCCACCAGCGCCAACCCUGGUGGCACCUCCUUCUACGCGGUCGCACCACACAAUGGCAACUCCAACGGUAAUGGCACCACCCCUGCCCCUGCUGUGUCGAAUGCUCCGGCCUACCCGCAACUGGCGUAUGACAGCAAUGGCCGCGCCAUCUACUACACCAGCGUCCUCCCCCAGUAUCCUUCUGCCGUCAACGGCAUGUCAGUGGCCGCAACAGUACUCGGCACUGAGCCUGCGAAGCCAGUGGCGGCGAAGCCAACCCCAACCGUCUCUUGAUCGCUCGCUCACUCACCUCGUCUAUCCAGUAUGGGUUAAAAGAGUUUGCCAAUUUUCGUUCGUUCGUUCGUCGAUAUGGGUUAAUAUGUCAGUUGGAUUCGUUAUUGUCUCUAGUAUUCACCUAUAAUUUUUUUUACCUUUUGUUUAGAGUUUUGGUUUGGCUUUAUGGGUUCAUCAUAUGAACUAGUUCUCAGUGUGCUUAGAUGUACAUACAGUCUUUGUGGACAUAAUGGAUAUUAUAUUAAUUAGUCUAUUGGGGAGUUCUUUAACAAUUGUCUAAGUUGUUACUGCUAUUUGUUAAUUCUUUCAGUUCAUUA